AUGAACAAGAACAAUAUAGUCAGCUUGUGCUACGGCUGCGCGGCACUGAAUUCGUUCAGUCUUCUAAAGUACGCGUUCGGCUUCUACAGGCGAAGCAUCACCUACGGCUGGGCUUUCGACCUCGCCUUCGGGUCCGAGUGUUUCAUCAACUUGGUGUCGGACUACCUCCUCCUCGCCACCUACAAGGACUUCCCGCUACCAUCCUUACUGUUGGGUAAGGACAACCUCGUCCUGCUCGGCUUCAUCAUGUGGAACUCGACCAGUAUCACCAUCUGUUACGUCACCAGCAUCGUGCUCGCCGUCCAUUUCGCCAACACGGUGGACCUGAAAGAAGCCAUGCAGGACCUCAAGGAACAGAACGUGGACGAAGCCGACUUCCGUAGACAGAUGAUGAUGACGACGAUAUCCGUAUUCACGUUCUUGGCCUUCAUUAAGGGGGCCAUCCUGUACAACAUGUACAUGUACUACAAGAAGACUGAUGGCACCGACGGCAGCGUUGAAGAGCCACCCACGGCUUUCUACUUCCCCGCAGACCCGACGGCCCCGGUGCCUUUCCUACCGCCGGAGUCAAAGCGGCACAACAAGGCAAACGCCGGCGGUGCGCCACCAGCAGCCGCCCGCUGUGGCCUCACGGGGGCGCCCGACACAGCGAUGGCGUCGGCCAGGCGAGCUCCGGCGCCUGCUUCGGUGCUGCCGUCGGCCAGGAGACCCCCGGCGCAGCAGCCCUUCGAAGUGGCCGUGCUACGGACGCCCUUCAUGGUGCUCCACAUGCCACCUGCAGAACUGCCGACCGGACCGCAUCCGACGACGCAACAACAGCCAGCCCCACCGCCGCCCACGGCGCAGACGGCAGACAAGGCCGUUCGUUAGAAAUGCCGCGCGGAACUGCAGCCGUGACCGACGGAAACGUCGUCGGCAAGCAGAAGUAAAAUCGAUAAGAACAA